GUUGACUCUUUGAUAAAACAAUGAAGUCUGCAAGGAAAAGAAGUAAUACAACAGAUGUUAAAAAUGAAACAAACUGUGUAUUUGUUUUACUUCCUCUCGCCUCUUUCUGUCCAAUCAUACCCACCGUAGUACAAUGACUCCCUGGUCAUUCACUGCUUGACCUCAGUGAAAUCUCUGUGCAGCUGGCUGAGCACUUAGUGAGUUGGCUGCACGUCGCACACGGCUGAGGGGUUUUUCAUGUUUCCUUCACUUUAUGCUCUUUCUUCACAUGUCUUCUCUUCUUAAAAUGUGACCCAGAAAUGUCUUUCAUUGUGUGGAUUGUACACAAGCAGUGGAGAACGCCACAGGCAGGAGUUACCGUAACUGACCGUGCACGUGGAUAAAAAAAAAAAAAAGUUUGCAUGUGGGAACACAAAGGGAAAAAAAAGGGGGUGGGAGAAUAGAAUAGGUGGUGUCGGGUCAUCUUCCUGAUAUCAAAGGGAACUGUAGGAGAGGUUGGAAAUGAUAUAACAAUAAAAAGAAGAAAAACAAAGAUCCAGUCAAAUCAAAAGCAUGCAAGUGUUCCAUGGAAACCGCCAUUAAGAACAUCAAAGUCAAAAGAAAAAAAAAAUCUGGAAUAAAAAAAUAUAAAGAAAAAAUGAUAAAGACAGAAUGUUUGAAAUGUCCAGAGUAAACAGCUGAGCUUCAAACUGUUCACGCAACAAUAAAAGGAAGAAAAUAUUAUAUUGUUUAUUUAUGUAUUUUGAUUUAUUAAAAUAUAUUUUAAACAACAAAAGUUGUUUACGGAAUGGAAGGAGAGUCCGUGUCAGACACGUUUAUUGUACUUUUGAGGGGAAAAGAAAUCUGCACAGUGUUGUUGGGUGUGUACAGCUCCACAGACCAGCAUGUCCUCAGUAGUGUAGUACCUCAACAAAUAAAGUCGGCUAGGCCUGUUCUGCCAUGAUACAAUGCUGGCUCAUAAGUCAGCAUUACAUUAUAGAGUUGGGUGAGUAGGAUCUGUUUCCUGUUGUGCUGGUAAAUUUAGUAAGUCGCCUGAUGACGGGGUCAAAUUAUUGUAGGAGUUUUGGAUUUACUGAUGGUAAAUCGUACACGGGGUAAAAUGAUCAAACAAAUGCAAUACUUACAGUACACAGCUCUGUACCAAUGGGUACGCCCAGUGGGCUUGGUUCUUGUCUAUCUGGAAAGAAUUAAGCAAAUGGAAAAUGAAUGAAUGGGGGUUCUCACUUAACCUUUAAUAUGCAUCUUCAGCACCCCCUGCGGGGAAGUAGAGGGAGAUGCAUGAUCUGUGUUUUCCAACAUUGACAAUCCAAAAUAUUCUCGCAAGUUGAUUUAAUUGGUGAUGUAAAGAUCGAUAAAGGAAGCAGAAUCUGUACGUUUUGCUGAAACUACACCUAUGAAAAUGUUUGAGGAAAUAGUCUCUCUGUGUUUGUGUGUUGGUGUUCGCGUGCCACCCUCUCACUGCUGCUCUAACCGCCUGUUCCUUUAAAAUCAAACAGCCCACGCCUAAAAAAGCGGCUUGUUCCGGCUUUGCCCCUUUACAUCUUUCUGUUUUUUCAAAUCCGUGCUCAUGACAUAAAAAUAGUGCCAGCUCCUACAGUUAAGCACAGACGCUCUCUCACAGUGACCAGCGUCGGAGUGACUGUAAACAGCGCACGGGCUGUCGGGAGCGUGCACUAAUACAUGCCUCACGGUGCACAGGCAGCUGCAGCUCUGCGCCUGUGCAGCAGCAACAGCCGCUCUUCAGGCUCCAUCACCACCACCACCACCACCACCAGCAGCAGCAGCAGGAGUAGCAGCCCCUUCAGCAGCGGCGGAGUGAUACCAACAUUGCCCUGUGAGCAGCUCCUCUGGUUUGUCAAACCGAGGGUGUGUGUCGCUCUCCUGUACCUGAGCUUGUGCGUCCGUCACGUACCCGAGGACCAAACAGUGCUCAUCCACAGCCGUGGACCUGAUGCGCUGAAAUGCUCCAGCAUCAGCAGGGACCUCCGUGGACUCACCGCUGCCCUGGUUCUGCAUCUGAUGAAGAUUUGCCAUAAUUGUUACUUGUGUUUGAUGCUCCCCGUGGACAUGUUGUGAUGAAAGUGUUUAUUGUGGAGCUGUGGUGGAGUGUGUGAGUGGCAGUGGUUGAGUGGGAGCUGUCGUGUCAGGUCGUUGACAUGCUUCUUCCCUGAGCUCGGUGCCGUGGUGACAGGAUGCCAGUGCAGGCCGCCCAGUGGACAGAGUUCCUGUCCUGUCCCAUCUGCUACAAUGAGUUUGACAGCAGCAGCCACCAGCCCAUCAGUCUGGGCUGCUCCCACACGGUGUGUAACACCUGCCUCCUCAAACUGCACCGCAAGGCCUGCCCCUUCGACCAGACGCCCAUCAGCACCGACAUCGACCUGCUGCCAGUCAACUGCGCCCUGCUGCAGCUGGUUGGAGCUCAGGUCCCAAAUGUGCAGCCAGUGAGCCUGAGUGGUGCAGGAGAGGUGGAGCACUAUGAGGUCUGCAGGGUGUGUGUCGAAGAGCUGGCUCUCUACCUUAAACCCAUCAGUGGAGCAAAAGGUGUAGCGGCCCUCAGUCCCAGCGUCCUCAGUCGACCCAUGCAGAGGAAGCUGGUGACCCUGGUGAACUGUCAGCUGGUGGAGGAGGAGGGCCGUGUGCGGGCGGUGAGAGCGGGCAGAUCUCUGGGGGAGAGAACCGUCACCGAGCUCAUCCUGCAGCAUCAGAACCCACAGCAGCUGUCUGCCAACCUGUGGGCUGCAGUCAGGGCACGAGGAUGUCAGUUCCUGGGACCGGCUAUGCAAGAAGACGCACUGAAGCUAGUGCUGCUGGCUCUGGAGGACGGCUCGGCUCUGUCCCGAAAAGUCCUGGUUUUGUUUGUGGUCCAGAAGCUCGAGGCCCGGUUCCCACAGGCCUCCAAAACCAGCAUAGGUCACGUGGUGCAGCUGCUCUACAGGGCCUCCUGCUUCAAGGUGACCAAACGUGAUGAAGACUCCUCCCUGAUGCAGCUGAAGGAAGAGUUCCGCACCUACGAGGCUCUCGGGAGGGAACACCACGCUCAGAUCGUCCACAUCGCCAUGGAGGCAGGUCUGAGGAUCUCACCUGAGCAGUGGUCCUCUCUGCUGUAUGGAGACCUGGUCCAUAAAUCCCAUAUGCAGUCCAUCAUUGACAAGUUGCAGUCUCCGGAGUCUUUUGCCAAGAGCGUUCAGGAGCUGACCAUCGUUCUGCAGAGGACAGGCGACCCGGCCAACCUCACCAGCCUCAGACCACACCUGGAGCUGCUCGCCAACAUUGACCACAAUCCAGAUGCUCCAGCUCCGUCAUGGGAGGAGCUGGAAAGUGUGAUGCUAGCUGUCAAACUGGUGGUGCAUGGACUCGUGGAGUUCAUACAGAACUUCAGCAAGAAGAGCCACGACAGUCCACAGCCUCAGGCUAACAGUAAGUAUAAGACCAGUAUGUGCAGAGACCUCCGUCAACAGGGAGGCUGCCCCCGAGGAAACAACUGUACGUUCGCUCACACACAGGACGAGCUGGAGAAAUUCAGAUUGAGAAACAAGAAAAGCAGCAGCGUGGGUCGUACCUUCCCGUUAGCGUCGGGGGUUAUGGGCAAGACGUUCACCACGGAGGGCAGCGUUCACACAGAUGUGUGUGCAGGAGCGGGCCAGGGGCUCAAAGGCACGGAGGAGGGUACGGUGACUCUGACAGAAGGAGCUCCUGGCCUGACUCACCCUCAGCUGAUCUCCAGAGGAGCUGAUAUAAUGGAGGAAAUGAACAGAGCUUUGCCCAACGGAUCCAACGGGUCAAACGGGCUUCCUGCCCCCCACAGGCUCUCGUUGGUAUCAACAGAAAAGAAGUCCAUCUCUCCUCCCAGGACCACUGUCAGCAGCCUCUCAGCCUCUUCUCCUUUGACCACAGUUGGACACAGUGAUGGAGCUGCUCCUCUACCUAAACAUGGGCAGUUCAUGCUGCGUCCUCCACAUCCAACACCGGCGUCAGAGCUGUACUAUCAGGAGUCUCACUCUGCUUAUGACCCGGCACAUUACCAGCCAAACUCAGGUUCCUACUAUCCAUCCACUCUCCAUCCUUCUCACAAACCCUGCAUGGCUCGCUUCCUCAGAUCCGCCAACGUCCCAGAAUCCUCUUUGCCACCUUCUGUUGGCCCUCAGUCAACUUCCUACCCCAGUGACCCUCAAACAUCACACCCACCUUCCUCUUCUCCCUCUGCGUACUCUCCUCACCCACCCAGAGAGCGGAUGGGUCCGGCCUUUCAUCCUCACCCAGGACAGCCUCAGUUUGGCCACCUGACCCCGGGGCAUGGAGUCUAUGCCCCACUGUAUGACAGCAGGAGAGUCUGGAGGCCUCAGCUGUACCACAGAGAGGAUGCCAGGAGUAACUCACUGCCUCCAGAAGUGCUGCAUUCGUCCGUCUACCAGCCUCCUCUCAGGGAGAGGUUCAACUCCCUGGACAGUAACUACUGCUCUGGAGCAGAGCAUCGUGCAGGGCUGCACAGGGACUACAGUCGUGUUCCCCUGGGCUACGAGGAUCUGUUCAGGAGGAAGCAGGAACAGUGGGCGCACCAUCACCACCAUCACAGCACCUCCAGACCCUCCCAGUCCUCCCACAUCUUCACCAUGGAUUUUGGAUCUGAGCGUUUGGAGAGCAGUGGAGGUCAGUGUGCUGGCUGCAGGUACAGAGGAGAGGAAAGUUUAGCACAUUAUUCUCCAUGGUCCUGUGGUUCCAUUGGCCCGUGCCUUAGUCCUUUUGAGCCUGAGACACUGACGCACACGCCUCCUCACUCCUGCUCAGAGCCCUCGGAUUUAGACAACAGCGGUAGCCGAGGUGGUGUUGGUGGUGGAGGCGGCAGUGGGAGUACUGGUACCAAUAGUGUGGGAAAGCGGUGGCUGCAUUCUCUGGACCACUACCGUCGAAUGAAAGAAGAAGAUCCAAUCAUUCCCUUCAGUGAGGGGCCCAUGAUCUCUAAGUGGGGGGCCAUAUCCAGGGCCUCGCGCACAGGCUAUCACACGACCGAUCCUGUCCAGGCCACCGCCUGCCAGAGAAGUACCAGCACCACACCCAUCAACUUUAAAGGCAAGGAGGGAUCAUAGAGAGCGUUGCUCACUGUUAAACAGCGUAACAGCGUUACGUUUUUUUUUCAAGUGCUGAGCUGUGUUAUGUUCCUCAACCUUUUUCAUUUUGAAAUCAGAGCAGUCAUUAAAUUGCUACAAACCUUGAAUGGAAACCUGUAAAAGUCCUUGAAAUUUUGAAUCUAGUCUGUCUGAUCAUUUUUCUUUUCAUGAACAUCCCAGAAUUUACAAAAAAGAAAUCCUCUGAAAUACCACCUGUACAAGUGUUUGGACUGAUAUAAUAAUUAAAUAGAUUUUUUUUACUUACACUCAUCUGUAAACACAAAUAGCUUA